GCUGGAAUUUCCCCGAGGAUUUGGAUUCAGCUGCUGCUUAAUUCCCACCCAGCCAUGCACGGUUUUGCUCCUUCCCCGCUGCACUGUGCCUGUAACUGUUACUGACCUGAGCCCGAACAUCUGGAGCCAGCUGCAGGGCAGCCCCGCUUCUCAUGUCAAACUCCCAGCCCUUGGCAUAGGAAUCUUUUAAGCUUCACCCCACAGAAAACUUCUGCGCCACCUGAGCUGCUGCUUUUCCCGACCCACGGCUGCCCCGGGCCUUGGCCCCGCUUUGGAGGAUAUAAAAAUGUAUCAGAGUUUAGCCCUAGCCCCCAACCAUGGGCAAUCGGCUUAUUCCCACGACUCCAGCAAUUUCCUGCACUCGUCGGCCAGCUCCCCGGUGUACGUGCCCACCACCCGGGUGCCCUCCAUGCUGCAGACCCUGCCUUAUCUGCAAGGCUGCGAGACAGCCCACCAGAGCCACCCCCUGGGCAACCACCCCGGCUGGGCGCAGACCGGCGCCGAGGCCUCAGCCUUCAACCCGAGCAGCCCUCACCCGUCUUCGGGUUUCCCCUACUCGCACAGCCCGCCCGUCAGCAACAACGCCGGCCGGGAGGGAGCCUACCAGAGCCCGCUGCUCCUGGGCAGCGGGGCCCGGGAGCAGUACAGCAAUGCCUUGGUGCGCUCGGUUAAUGGAUCCUACUCCAGCCCCUACCCUGCCUACGUGAGCCCGGAGAUGCCUCCCUCCUGGACCGCGGGACACUUUGAAAGCAGCGUCCUGCACAGUCUCCAGACCAGGCAGGCUGCCUUGCCGGGCAGGAGAUCCACUUUCGUUUCAGAGUACUUGGAAGAAUUCCCCGGGGAUGGCAGAGAGUGUGUGAACUGCGGGGCGAUGUCCACCCCGCUGUGGAGAAAGGAUGGCACCGGGCACUAUCUGUGCAACGCCUGCGGGCUUUAUCACAAAAUGAACGGCAUCAACCGACCGCUCAUCAAGCCACAGAAGAGGCUGUCUUCAUCGCGACGUGCUGGUCUUUGCUGCACUAACUGUCACACAACCAAUACUACCCUCUGGAGACGGAAUGCAGAAGGAGAGCCAGUCUGCAAUGCCUGCGGAUUAUACAUGAAACUCCAUGGGGUGCCACGGCCUCUGGCAAUGAAAAAGGAAAGCAUCCAGACAAGGAAAAGGAAGCCUAAAAACAUUACCAAAGGCAAAACCUCAACAGGGUCUACAACUUCAGCCACUAACUCCCCUUCUUCCAUUACAAACUCAGACAGCACCAUCACUUUAAAAACCGAACCCAAUGUGGCAUCACAGUACCCCGGACAAACCAUAGUGUCAGUCUCCCAGGCUCAAAGCCAAUCGGAUGACACACUGGCCAGUGGCCAUUCCGAGUUCAAAUUUGAACCUGAGGAUUACGCCUUCACUUCUGCUACCAUGACUCAACAGUCAGGACUAAGCAUUCCCCUCCGUCAGGACUCUUGGUGUGCACUGGCAUUGGCCUAGAAACGAGGCUUCCAAUAAAACACUUUGGACCAACCUUUCUACCUUCCCCGCUAAUGGAUAACAGGCAAAAGGAAUGGCUGCCUUAGAGUUUUGGGACUGAAAGGUUUCAAGUAGUCAAUAUAUGAUUCUAUGUGCAAAGACAGAUUUCUCUCGGAAGCUGUGAGUGAAAGCUUAGAAAAUGUGGGCUGUCCUUGGCCAAGUUCAUUCUUCCUGACUGACGGGUUCGGCGGUACUCACUCCUCUAAAAGCUUUCACUCUGCAGAAGUGAACUGGAGACGCCUCCCCAAAGCAAAAGAAAUGGGGAUGUCUCUCUUUUCAUGAGGAAUCCGUUAUCUUCCUGAGACGAAACAAAUAAAUACAUCCCAGAAUCUAUGUUUAUUCACGAUUAUUUCUCCCUUCUAUGACUCCUCUGUGUGCAAUUUCUUCCACUUUCCUAUAAAGACUGUGAUAAUAUGGCACCAAGUAACUUAAUUCUAUUAACACGCAAACCGUGUUGCCUUCCUUAUGUUUACUGGCCGUGGCAGGAAAGGAAAAAAAAGACCCUGUUGUUUUAAACAUAUACUGUUUUAUAUUAAAAACAAUCAUCUCUAUAGAGCAUUAGCUUCUGAAGCAUUUACUCUCUCAACACUGAUCCCAUGAGUCAUCCAUGAGAUAAACACGCUGUUCUUCCAGUUCUAUCUCCAAAGAAUUUUUUUUUCUUUUUAGGCAAACCACGUG